UUUACCAUCCAUAGACUAAUACUACAUAGCAACUCUAGUUAAGCUCAUCAUCUUUAUUAUUUCCAAGCUAAUGAAAGAGAUGGCGUUUGAUUAUCCUAAAACACAUCUCUUCCACUUUGCUCUUUUUCUAGUUUUAAUCUUAAGAUCUGCAAAUGUUGAGGGUCUAAAUGUGGGGUUUUACGCUAAUUCAUGUCCUUUAGUUGAGUCCAUAACAAGCAAUGUUGUCAAACAAACACUUUCUGUGGCACCUUCUCUAUCUGGCCCCUUGUUGAAAAUGUUUUUCCAUGAUUGUUUUGUUAGGGGCUGUGAUGCUUCCAUCUUGCUAGAUUCACCAACAAAUCAAGCAGAGAAAGAUGCAGAUCCGAAUAAAACCUUUAGAUCAGGAUUUGAAAUAAUUGAUAGAGUCAAGAGCGCAUUGGAAAUGCAUUGCCCAGGCAUUGUUUCAUGUGCUGAUAUAAUAGCCUUGGUUUCUAGGGAUGUUGUUGUUCAGACUGGAGGAGCCUCAUGGGAGGUAGAAACAGGAAGGCGAGACGGUCGUGUUUCAUUACGCAAUGAGGCAUUUAGUGAAUUGCCAUCAGCUGCUUCUGAUAUAACCUUUUUGAAAUUACUUUUCCUACAAAAAGGACUCAGCGUGAAAGAUCUUGUUGUUUUAUCUGGAGCACAUACUCUAGGCAUAUCUCAUUGUGCAGCAUUCAAAAAGCGCCUCUACAACUUCGACGGAACAGGUGACAUCAACUCUACUGACCCAAAAAUGGAUCCUAACUAUGUUGCUGCAUUAAGGAAGAAAUGUACUAAUAACAAUAAUGAUACAUUCGUCCAAAUGGAUCCUGGAAGUUCAAAGGUAUUUGAUGGCCAUUACUACGAGCUCGUGUCGAAGAGAAGAGGGUUACUUGAAUCUGAUGCUGCUUUACUUGAUGACGAUGAGACUAGAAAAUAUGUUGAAACUCACAAGAUCAAGGGUAACCAAAGAAGCUUUUUUAAAGACUUUGCCAUUUCAAUGGUAAAUUUGGGAAGAGUUAGUGUUCUUACUGGUAAUGCUGGCGAAAUAAGAAAAGUUUGUUCGAGGACUAAUUGAAUUAUGUAAGUGUGUGGAACAAAAUCGUCCUCUAUAUCAGUCCAACUUAUAAGGGAUUUUCACAAAACGUGGAACAUAUAUAAUAAAAGUUGGACGAAAAUAUAUAUGGAGUAUAUAUAUUGUACUUGUAGUAGUAUAUGUAGCAAACGAACAUAAGUAAGAAGAUCUUCACGAAUCAAGUGGUUAGAUCGGAGUAAUUUGUUGCUUAUAUUCAUGCUCAUAGCUUGGUUUUUCUUUUGUUUAAAUUGAACAAUCUUCAAUCGUAUCUCAACAAAAUGUAAUGAGAACGAAGUUUGGAAUCCUUUCUACUGUACUAAUGGUAAUAAUAUAUACUUCCUUCGUCUUUUU